AUAACCGGAGAGAGCCUGUAUCACCAGGGCUGAGUUCAAAUUUAGCCUACAUAACCACCUGGUCGCCAUGUUCAAAGCAACUUUGUUGCUGUUACUUCUGGCUACACUCCACGUUAUCACAGAAAUCACCAGCGGGAAACAAACCGACAAUCAACCCAUGCAAAGUCCUUCGAGCUGUAACGCCGGAAUACCAGGUAUGCACGGCAAGCCUGGAUCCCCUGGGUUACCAGGUCGUGACGGCCGAGAUGGACGUGACGGAGCCAAAGGGGAUCGGGGAAGCCAAGGCAGAACUGGACGCCAUGGACCUCCAGGUAAUAAAGGAGAGCCUGGAAUCCAGGGUCCUACUGGCCAAAAGGGGCAACGUGGAGAAAGUGGGAUAAUUCGGGCAAGUACUAAGCCUUUUAAAAACUGGAAAGAAUGCGCCUGGAACAACUUGGACGACAGCAAGGACCAUGGGCUUAUCAAGGAAUGCAUAUUCACCAAGAAUUUUUCUGACACCGUCCUGCAUGUCUACUGGACUGGAGUACUGAUAGUAGCUAGCUGCACCACCUGCUGUAAGCGCUGGUAUUUCACUUUCAACGGUGCUGAAUGUUCAGGUCCCCUACCAAUUGACGGCGUUGUGUACCUAGGAAGGGCAGCGCAGAAUCCUCACCGUGUCCGUCAUAUUGAGGGUCACUGUAACAACGUCCACAAAGGAAAGGUGCGCAUGGGAUUCUGGGUCGGCAAUUGUCGCGGUUUGAGAAACGCUGACGCUAACACGGGUUGGAAUUCAGUGUCCCGGAUCUUUAUCGAGGAAGUUCCUGCGCCUCAUGACUCCUUAGAGAGCUACGGUUAUCGAAGAAAAGAGAAAAAGUUCAAGCUAAAAGUACAAACAGACAAAACCAAUCAACCGAUCUACAAAAUGCAACCUCAAUCCUUUUAUUAUGGCGGAAUACCUGGUGCGCGUGGAAAGCCUGGGCCUCCUGGAGCACCAGGUCGUGAUGGACGAAAAGGAUCCAAAGGUGACAAAGGAAAUCUAGGAAAGACUGGACCCCAGGGAUCCUCAGGAUCCAAAGGUAAUCAAGGUGCUAAAGGGGAACCUGGAAUCCAAGGUCCUCCCGGUCAAAAGGGGCAGCGUGGAGAGGGUGGGGCAAAUGGAAUCCCUGGGAUGCCUGGUGCGAUUUCGCACAAGAACUGGAAAGAAUGUACUUGGAACAACUUGAAUGACGACAAGGACAAUGGAAUGAUCAAGGACUGCGUAUUUAGCAAAAAUUUAUCGGACACAGCUCUUCGAGUCUUUUGGACCGGUUCUCUCAGAAUCGCUGGCUGUAAUGGGUGUUGCAAACGUUGGUACUUUACCUUCAACGGUGUUGAAUGUAAGACACCCCAACCGAUUGAUGGAAUUGUGAUGGGAGGUGGAACGAGCCAAAAUAUCCACAGUGUGCGUCACAUUGAGGGACAUUGUUCCAAAAUCAAAAAAGGCAAGGUGCGCGUGGGUUUCUGGGUAGGAAAUUGUCGUGGAUACCGCAACGCCAAUGCCUACACAGGAUAUAUUUCAGUGUCCCGGAUCUUUAUAGCGGAAGUGCCCACACCUCAGUCUUAGAUCUAAAAAAUCUAUCCUGCAUAAAAGUCUUCAGCGAAACAUGAU